AUGGCACCCAGACGAUCCAAAAGUUCUAAAAAUCCUCCCAUUUUCAGCAGUGAAUUUCUAAUACAGAACCAUGCUGAUAUCGUCUCAUGCAUUGCAAUGGUUUUUAUUAUCGGUUUGAUGUUUCAGGCAACAUCGCCGGUGGCAAGCUUGUUUAUUACCAUGCAGCACAACCUGACAAUCAAUGAUUCCGACAGUGUGCAGCACACAGUCUACUCAACAGGAAGCAAGGAUCUGUUUGCUGUCUCCUUCUAUUUUCUCAUUUGCAUUGUCAUCCAUGCUGUUAUUCAGGAGUAUGUACUGGAUAAACUCAAUCGUAAAAUGCACCUAUCAAAGAUUAAACACAGCAAGUUCAACGAGUCUGGUCAGCUGCUGAUUUUCUACCUGGUGUCUGCUAUUUGGGGAGCUGAUAUUUUGUUCAGGGAGAGCUAUGUAACAAGCAUCAAUCAACUGUGGGAUGGAUAUCCUCAUUCAAACUUACCAUUUACGGUGAAAUUCUUCUUCAUUGUGCAGAUUGCUUAUUGGUUCCACAAUUAUCCUGAACUUUACUUUCAGAAAGUAAGAAAGGAGGAGAUAACAGGAAGGCUUCAGUACACAACCCUGUAUCUUAUUUUUGUGUGUGGUGCAUACUUUCUCAACUUCAACAGAGUGGCCUUAUGCGUGCUAGUUCUCCAUUACGCUGUGGAAUCUCUGUAUCAUCUAGCCUUGCUGUGUCAUUUCUCGGAGAAAAUUGAUAUUGCUGCCAGCAUAUUUACAGUAUUUGAUGUGCUGUUUGUUCUAGUCAGGCUUGGGACCAUCACACUGGCUGUGCUCACUUUCUGGUUUGGUCUGGCCCAGUCAAGUCAGCCAGCCAUAGAUGUGGCUACAGGAAACUACAACACCUACAUUGUCAGAAUUAAUUGCCUGAUUGCCGUUUGCCUGAGUCAAGCAGGGUUGAUGUGGAACUUCAUCACAUUCCAUCUCCGCAAGUGGAGGGAGAGGUCUGGCGGCAACAAGCGACUACGCUCUCCUCUAAAGAAGAAAGCUCCUAAAAUUACUGUCUUCCCUGAGGACCUGGACUCUCUGCCUGAGGUGGAUCAAAACGCUGCUGCAGAAAACGACAGUUUUAGAGCACGGAAAAUUAAGAAAUAA